AUGAUCGUUUUCAAUGAGUUGAUUCCUCAUGUUGUGGAGCUUAUGGUUGAUCCUUUUGGAAAUUACUUGAUGCAGAAGCUACUAGAUGUUUGCAAUGAAGAGCAACGAACGCAGAUCAUACUCAUGGUUACUUCAGAACCUGGACAGCGUAUUCGUAUAUCACUCAACGCUUUCGGGGAUUUGAAUAGGAAUCAUGUGAUUCAACGUUGCUUGCAGUGCCUUGGUACACAAGAUAACGAGGAACUAACAUCUGUUCCUCGUUUGGAUCUUCUGAUUCAAGACCCUUAUGCCAAUUUUGUCAUCCAAGCUGCUCUAGCUGUCACCAAGGGUUCGCUACAUGCUACACUCGUUGAAGUCAUAAAGCCUUACGCGAUUCUACGUAACAAUCCUUAUUGCAAAAGGAUUAUCUCAAGAGUUCUCUUGAAGAAUUGA